GAAGAAGACCGAGCUCAGGGCCGGAAGUGGGAGUAAAGGCGGGCAUUUCUAGUGAAGCGGACAUAUUGCUUUUGUUAUUGUUGUUGUUAUUGUUGUUGUUGUGAUGCCGCCAUCGAAACUCCACUUUUGUCUUUGAAGACUUUGAACAAAAGCACGCAUGCCGGCCACGCCUUUACGUCCAGUGUCGUGUCGGCGUUGAAACACACGAACAAAUGGCAGCCGGCAGCUAGCUCACGUCGUGUCAGCUUUGUGACAAAGUGGCUCCAAUGGAGAGUAAUCAUCCAACUUUGAAGAGACCGAAGAGGAAGCUGCACUUCUUGACCAACACACACAAUCCACUUAAAGCAAAAUGGGCGGCCGACCUGUCAUUAGAAGACGUCGACAGGAUGUUUGAUGACUUGGAGCCGGACUCUAGGGUUGAGUUACCUUCUACGUCCUUAAUGGUGGAGGAUAGCGAGGAAAGCCAGAAAUCCUUAAGAGCAUCACCAGUCCCACUGCGUCUGACACCAAAGACUGCUAAAUGUCAAAAUCUUCCAAAAAAGGCUCAGGUCCGUCCUUCAGCACCGUCACCGAGUCCCCAGUUACGACCCCAUGCAGACGCAUUUUGGGUAGGACCUGGGCCGAUGAAGACUUCCAGUCCCAUCCAAGAGGGCAAUGAUUUACCGCAGACGGACAGCAACGCCCAAGACCGAGCAAUGUUGCCGGUCCUAUUUGACAACCGAGAGGAAGCUGGGAGGACACAGCCUUCAUCAUCCAUUCAACAGGGGGACGCUGACUUGGAGUCACCACCCACCCAGAUCGUCCUCAGCAAGCGCAUAGUCCCUCUCCAGAACAAAGCGGCACUUCUUAAGUCAGGGCACAAGGAGCCCCAAGCCUCCUCUUCUGACAGGGAGUCCACGGCCAAGAUGUCGGGCCAUGCAAGAAAAGACAUGUUAGCGUUUCUGCAGAAGCUUCGAGCUGCCGGGCAGCCAGAAGCCCCAACGGUCAGGAGGUCCCUGACACCAGUCAAACAAUCUUCUGAGAGUGAGGAUGAGUUCCUCAUUGUGGAGGAGGUAGUGCCCUUCGCCUUUUCUAAGAGGAGCAGGAAAUCUAACGGCGAUAAAGACGGCUCGACAGACAAAGGGUCAAAGGACGACUCGGCAAAAAAGCCAGAGGCAGAUGGGGCCGGGAGAACUCCUCUCAAAGAUCAGACUAUUAUGCAGAAAGGGUCAAAGAAAAGGAGGGAGAAUACGAAGAAAGCAAUGGGGACCAAAGGUGACCAGGCUUUAAGUCCUGAUGACCUUGCUGAUGCUGAACCUGAGCCUCGUAGAAUCAAGGGAAAGAAAGCCCCGCCACGGGAGAAAGUGCUGCCUGAUGCCGCAGAGGAACAACGUGAACAAACCACCCUGACACCAGUCAAACAAUCUUCUGAGAGUGAGGACGAGUUCCUCAUUGUGGAGGACGUGCCUUUCUCCUUUUCUAAGAGGAGCAGGAAUUCCAACGACGAUAAAGACGGCUCGACAGACAAGGGGUCAAAGGACGACUCGGCAAAAAAGCCCAAGGCAGAUGGGGCCGGAAGAACUCCUCUCAAAGAUCAGACUGUUAGGCAGAAAGCGUCAAAGAAAAGGAGGGAGAAUACGAAGAAAGCAGCGGGGACCAAAGGUGACCCGGCUUUAAGUCCUGAAGACCUUGCAGAUGCUGAACCCGAGCCUCGUAAAAUCAAGGGAAAGAAAGCGCCGCCAUGGAAGAAAGUGCUGCCUGAUGCUGCAGAGGAACAACUUGGCGAGACCGCCAGCAGACCAAUGUACAAGGAGAAAGGCCAGAAGUUGUCUGGAAUCCGGAGGUUUAAGUCGAUUAAAGACAAACCCAAAACCAGCAAGCAGGCAUCAGAAGCAAAGAACCGACGGAAGUCGAGCAGCAAGGAACAUGCAGACCUGAGUUCAGACUUGAAGAAACUCAACAUAGAUUUACCAGAUGGAAUGCCGGAGCCCAACGAAUCCUUCAGUUUCGGUGCCGGUUCCUCCGAGGAAAAACGGGUGGUGGGGAAGAGGAAAAGAAAUCCACCCGGUGAGUGGUGGGUGAGUUCCCCUCAGAACACCGAGCAGCCCGAGCUGAGAGACCAGCCGCCUGGCGUCAAGAAGUCAAAACAGACGGAACCCAGCACAGCUUCCCCUGUCAAGGCCCGGAAAGAGCGCAUCCUCAAAAGAAAAACCAAGGAGUCUAAGAAGUCCAAGGAAGCAAAAGUCAAGAUAAGGAAAAUAUCUGGAGGAGGUGAGACUGACCACAGAGAGGAUCCAGAGCUGAGGAGCCUACUGCAGCAGGACUUGGAGCCUCAGUCGUCCAGUCCUCUGGAAUUCAACCCCUUAGAGCAACAACUUUUCCAGCGAGUCUAUCAGCACCCGAGCAAGAAGGAAGAGUCCCGCAGCCACAGAGGACCUUUGGAGCCGCUGAGUAGAGCACAAGCAGAGAAACGCAGAAGGAAGCCACCAGGCGAGUGGUGGAAGUCCACCACCACACUCGAGGAAACCGAGGUCUUUCCGCCUGAGCCUCAACGCCCAGGUCUCAAGAUGUCCCGGGCUCGUAAGACCAAGAAAACCAGGUCCAUGCAAAGCGGAACUCCUGCAGCAGGGUGCGCUCCUGGAUCUCCACCCAACAACAGGGUGCCUAGUGUCUCAAAGACAGCAGGGGGCGCUCCUGUAUCCCCACCCAACAACAGGGUGCCAAGGGUCUCAAAGACAGCAGGGCGUGCUCCUGUAUCUCCACCCAACAACCGGGUGCAGAGAGUCCCAAAGAGCAUCAAAUCCGCCUUGGGCACUUUUAAGGAUAUUUUCUCCUCACGUACAAAGCCCCCCACCGUACUCUAUGAGGACGCGGAGCGGGAUAAUGACGUCCACUCAACGCCCACAAACGCCCAGCAGGCGACCUUCAGUAUCGAAGAGGACCAAUUGAACCACGAGAGCCUGCUGGACUCCGAGAACAUAUUGGGUACGUUCAGAAGCGGGCCGUCGUCCCUAAUUCGUCAGGAGGUGCCCAAUGACGUGGGCCCUUUAUUAUCCAGUCCCGUGGCCGCUGAGCUGUCGGUGCGCGACCUGUGCGCGCCUCCUCUCAAACUUACCGUCCUGGAGGCCACUGACCGCGCCCUCGUCACCGAGUGGCUCAGGACUCUGUGGCCCACUACCUUCAGAGGAAAGAAGGGAAACGGUGUUUGCAAGUUCCUCCCCGACCACUUUGAUUGGUACAACCAUCGCAAUAGACUCAUAGGCAUCAUGGAGGACCUGCACUGCGGGAACAUCUCUAACGGGAAGAUGCUGCUGGGCUCUUUCAUGAAGAAACCUCUGUGGGUGGACCACAGCGCCACCAUGGUAUUCAACCUGCUCACGAGUUCCAUCAAAGUCUCCAUCAACACCCAGGAGUCCUUUUUCCAUGCGGGGCAGUCCUUCAUGGUGCCAUGUGGCCACGCCUACAGCCUCCACAACCUGGUGGCCAUGCCUGCAGUUCUCACCUUCACCAGAAUGGUGGCAGAGAGUCCGGACUGAGGAGUGCGUAUUCUUUUUUUGAUACUGAAAAACUAUUUUUCCCCUGUCAAUUGGUGGUAUCCAUCCAUCCAUCCAUUUUCUACCGCUUGUCCCUUUUUGGGGUUGCUGGAGACUAUCUCAACUGCAUUUGGGCGGAAGGUGGGGUACACCCUGGAUAAGUGAAUAUUUUUAAUGCCAGUGCAUGCAUAAUAAACUUUGUUACUUUUUGUCACAA